AUGAAAGGACCAUGGUCAACACAUGGUCAACCGAUGAGUUCCACUGUAAGGGAUUUAUUUGGAAAAGGAAAUAGAGUACAAUUAAGAAUGAAAAUGUUUGAAAGAAACCAAAGUGGGGAGGAGAAAGGAGAGAAAGGAUUCGAAGAAUCACUUCAUAAAUUCAUUUCUGAAACCGCAGAAGUUAACGUGGUAUGUCAAGUAUUGGCAAUUGAUUUAGAAAGUAAAGCAGAUGAAAGAGCAUUGCAAACAAUUAUUCCACUUAUCAAUCCUCAAACAGUACUAAGUCAUCUCCUUGAAGAAAUCACAAGAUACAGUUGUGAAACACAACAAGAAUUCAUUGGAAAUGUUUCUGCAAUUCCUACAUUUAUAACCCAAAUCUUUUUGCCCAAAAUUGGAGAAUGUUCUGUAAUUGGACAUGACACAAAAAGUUUCAAGGUCAAAGGAUUUGAAGUAGGUUAUUCAACUGGAAACUUACAAGUGUUAGAUGGAUCAUCAAUUGCAACUUUAGAAAAAUCACCCAAUGGAUUAAAUAAUAGUACCCAAUUAACCCAAUAUAAUGAACGUACAUCUGAACCAAAAGAUACUAAAGAUGAAGGAUUUAAUUUAGAUGUAACACAUCAAUUGGAUGCAUUACCUAUCACUUCUUCCACGAUUUUUAUUGGAGAAAUUAAAUUGAUUGUAUCAAAAUCUUUUAUAAAUUCCAUUCUAAUCCAAGCCAAAUUUACAGGAGAAGUAUUAAUCUGUGGACCAAUGUCUCAAACCAAACCUAACAAUUUAUACAAUCCAAUUAAAAAGGAGGUACCAAAUUUAAUUAUGAAACUUUAG